CCACCCCCGUGCGCCCCUCCGAGGACGGAGGGGUGGGGGCAGAGGAGGCGGAGGAAACGGCGGCGGCGCCAGGAACAGGGAGGCGGCGGCACGGCGAGGGAGGGAGCCGAAGCCGGGCCUCGCAAAAGCAAACAGCAGCGCCAGCAGCUCCUCCUCCUCCUCCCCUUCGGAAAUGGCUCUUGAAGUUAAAUGAGGCUGGAUAAAAUACAUAAAUGAAGCAGAAGCUGCUCAGCAUGUGUUAGGGCUAUAUCACCACAAGCACUGCUGAUCAGCCAGACUUGGUAACUUGUCAUAAUGAAGAAAAUUAGUCUCAAAACAAUUCGCAAGUCCUUCAACUUAAAUAAAAGUAAAGAUGAAAGUGACUUUGUAGUGGUUCAGCAGCCAUCGUUAAGUGAAUUUGGAAAAGACGACUCCUUGUUUGGCAGCUGCUAUGGUAAAGAUUUGGCUAGCUGUGAUGUCAAUAGUGAAGAUGAAAAAGGAGGCAAAAAUAGAUCAAAAAGUGAAAGUUUAAUGGGUACGUUAAAAAGGAGGCUUUCAGCAAAACAAAAACAGAAAGGCAAAGGCAGCACACCAUCUGUAAGCUCUGCAGACGAUGACACUUUUUCUUCCUCAUCUGCUCCAAUAACCUUCAAAGAUGUGCGAGCUCAAAGACCCCUGAGAUCCACUUCCCUCCGUAACCACCAUUACAGUCCAACUCCGUGGCCCCUCCGACCCACAAAUUCGGAAGAGACUUGCAUCAAAAUGGAAGUGAAAGUCAAGGCCUUGGUCCAUUCCUCUAAUCCAAGCCCAGCACUGAAUGGCGUUCGAAAGGACUUCCAUGACUUGCAGUCAGACAACGUGUUCCAGGAACAAAACAAUACACUAAAAAACACAGAGUCUCAGAAUGGGGACUUGCAUCUUCAUAUUGAUGAACAUGUGCCUGUAGUUAUUGGAUUAAUGCCUCAGGACUACAUUCAGUAUACUGUGCCUUUAGAUGAGGGAAUGUAUCCUUUGGAAGGAUCGCGAAGUUACUGUCUGGAUAGUUCCUCCCCGAUGGAAGUUUCCACUGUUUCUUCUCAAAUGGGGGGAAAUGCUUUCCACGAAGAAGAGAACCAAGUGGAUCAGGAUGUAGUUGUUGCACCAGAUAUCUUUGUGGACCAGACAGUGAAUGGUUUGUUGAUUGGUACCACAGGAGUCAUGUUGCAAAGCCCAAGAGGUAAUCACAGUGAUAUCCCUCCACUCUCACCUUUGCUACCUCCAAUGCAGAAUAAUCAAAUCCAAAGGAACUUCAACGGAUUGAAUGGCACAGACGCCCACGUGGCUGAAAGUAUGCGCUGCCAUUUGAAUUUCGAUCCUAACACCGCCCCUGGAGUCGGGAGAGUUUAUGACUCUGUACAGAACAGCGGUCCGAUGGUUGUGACAAGUCUCACAGAAGAACUGAAAAAACUGGCAAAACAAGGAUGGUACUGGGGCCCCAUCACACGUUGGGAGGCAGAGGGAAAAUUAGCUAAUGUGCCUGACGGCUCUUUCCUCGUUCGAGAUAGCUCUGAUGAUCGUUACCUUUUAAGUUUGAGUUUUCGUUCCCACGGAAAAACUCUUCACACUAGAAUCGAACACUCAAAUGGUAGGUUUAGCUUUUACGAACAACCGGAUGUGGAGGGACAUACGUCUAUAGUGGACUUAAUUGAACACUCAAUCAGGGACUCUGAAAAUGGAGCUUUCUGCUACUCGAGAUCGCGACUCCCUGGAUCUGCAACUUACCCGGUGAGGCUGACGAACCCGGUGUCGCGGUUCAUGCAGGUGCGUUCCUUACAGUACCUGUGUCGUUUUGUUAUACGUCAGUACACCAGGAUAGACCUGAUUCAGAAACUGCCUUUGCCAAACAAAAUGAAGGAUUAUUUACAGGAAAAGCACUACUGAAAGCUUAUGGGAAUCUUGCAUCUUGCACUUUGGGAACGACAACAACAAAAAGAGAUUGAAUUACAGUUUACAGACUUUCAUUAUUAUCAAAAUCUUUUGCUGCCAUAAAAAUAUUUCUUGUUUGUGUGUAAAAGAAAAGUAAUGCAUUUGGAUUUAUGUUUGGUUUUGGGGUUGUGUAUUUUGGGGGCUUUUUUUUUUCCUUUUUUUUUUCCUUUUCUUUUUUUUUUACUUUUGAAAGAAUGAUCUCAAGUUUAUUUUUAGAAGUGUGAAAUAGGUAUUUUUCAUCAAUGUGCAGAUUAAUCACAAUGUGAAUGAUCAAAUUCUCCUUAAUUUCCCCCCAAGUCCUUUGCUGCUAUCCACUGUGAUUUUUAUGCAUUGAAAGCACAUUUCAUGUGUAUUCAACCAUAAGUAAAAGUCAAAUAAAACUUGUUGAAUGGAAUUUUUUUUUCCUUUAAAAUAGUGCGUUUGAAAAAAUGAUCGUGGAUGAAAAAAAACCAUGUUGGUAUUCUAAAUUACAGAAUUUACACUUAUGUUAAAAAACCAAUUUCCUAGUAUUCUAAUUAUAAAUUUCUAUAGAUAUACCCUAAUGUAGAACUUACAAACAGCUGUGUCGUAAAAACAUGGUUAUGCAGCAUAUCAUUGGGAAAAAACCCCACUUUUCUCCUAAGCCUUUUGUUAUCUGUACACUCUUUUGUAUUUGGGAAGGUUGAUUCACCCUUCUUGCUGUUUCAGUAUUUUUUUCUUUCUAAAAAUGGCCUUUAAAAAAAAAAUCUAUGAAAGUCAAUGUUGUAGUACCUACAAGAAAAUUACAGUAUUGAGGUCUUGUCAAAUACUACCUUUCCAAAUCAUGCCAUCAUUUAAAUAAAUGAACACCUACCAGAUCCCCUUUCUGUCCUUUUCCCUCCUACCUCGUCUUGGGGGUCUUGGUGGGAAUUUCCUGGGUUUGUAGGAUACUCUAGGAAUUGUUAUUAUGGGAACAUAAAUUGAUAAGCCAUUUUAGGGAUGGGGUAAAACUUCUACUAGGAUGAUAUCUACAAUAUGUAUUCAAGCUACUUGAAGUGUGAUAGUUUUCUGCAUUUUUUUUCCACUCCAGAAAUGCAGCAAUUGCGAUUGUCCUUUGGAUUGUUUUCCCCUUAUUUUGGAUAUCUGUUGGGGAGGAAGGAACAGGACUGAUAAUAUUUUGAAUGGAAGAUGCUUGAAAUGCAUCCAUAAAGACCUAUUCUCAUAGCUUUUUAAAUUAUGGGGAAAAGGGGUUUGGAUAUGCACUGACCAUAGAAAAUAUUUCAGUUUACUGUCACUAAAUAUGUUUUGACAUGGAAAUACUGAAUCAGUUAAGUAAAUGUUUAUGAUAUCUGUCAAAGAUUCUGGUAUUUGAAGAGCUUACACUUAUUCUAGCCUUCUAUAGGGAAAAAAAGACUUGCAGUGGGGGAGUACAGGCUCUACGUUGGAAUAUUUUUCUCAUGCAAGGUUAAUCCACGGCAUUUCCCUGUUUUCUUUCAGGUUCCCCCCUUCCCCAUAAUUCUCUUAAUGAGUUAUUUCUUAAAGGAGUCAUGGCUCCUCCCUUGGGAGGGAAUUUGCUUUGCCUGCCUCUGCCCACCUGUUUUGUAUUUUAGAAUGUCAUCUUCCCCACCUCUGGUAGGAGAUGCCAAUCUGCAAGCAUCAGGUUAGAACAGGCUGUUCAUCUUUGAUACAGCUUUCUUGUUUAGGUCAUUUUCUUCGCCUUGUUUUAAUCUAGCCUUUUUGUCCCCUGAAAUGAGUCUUUAGUAAUGAACACAGUAUUGCUGCAAGGUGGUGCAAGAGCACUACAUCUUGGGUUGCCUGAAUUGAUAGACAAAAUUUAUAUUUUUUUAAUUUAUUUUUUGACCAUAAUGUUUAACUAGAAAAUUAAAAAAAGAAAAAGGUAGAUGAAGGCUGCCUUUACUUCUAGGGACUGAGAAUAAGGAUUUGUUCUCUAGUCUGGUAAAGUUUUAAACUUAAACCAAUCUAGAGCAGUCUAUAUGCAUAAUUUUUUGGCUCUGCCAUUGAGAUGUAUGUAUGAAAGUGUGAAUUCUGUUUUCUUUUUUUUCCUCUACUGACUUCCCAACCCCCGAGGUCCUACCCCCAAUCAGGAAUCAGAGUCACUAAUUUUAUUCAAAAGGCACAAUAACCUAUUGUAUGGUACAGUGAUCUGAUCCUGGCUGUGGGGAGGAAGAAUAAAAUAAUGUUUAUGAAUUUCAGGCGCAUACUUCUGGAAUAAAACCUCUGGCAUUUUCUUCACUUUAAAAAUUCUUUCCCCAUACAAGCUAGAGGGCCUAUGCAUUCUACAGAAUCUUUGAAAGAUUAUAGUAUAUUAAAUAUUUUCUUCACCAUUUAAUACCACUAUUGAAUGCAUUAAACAUAUGUUUAUACUACACCAUGUGCAUUAAUCUAGCAGUCAUUGCAUUGAAAAAAAAUAUUUGAAGCUGUACUAUCCUGGUUGUAUUGCUGAACUGAAAAACAUACCUGAACACAAAUGCUAAAUUUCUUGCCCAUGCCUUUACAAAUUUCAGUCUGCUGACUCAUACAUGAUGUUUUUUGGUUUGGGGUUCUUUUUUUUUGGUUGCUUUUUUGGGGGGGGAGGAGGGUUGUUGGUGUUUGGUUUUGGUUUGGUUUUUUUUGGUUUGUUUUUGUUUUGUUUUUUUUUUGUUUUUAAAAAACCCUUUUGGUUCAGCUGUUCAGCUAUCCAGCUUUUUAAUUGCCUUCCCUGCUGCGUUCUUUGUCUCUGAAAUUAAUCAGGUCAAAUUUACUUCGUCAUUUUUCCUCCCCCAUAAAGCUUCCACAAAAGGAAAAAAAGUGUGUAAAGUGGUUGAGGCCCAGGAUAUGAGAACCAUAUAGCACUUUGUUUCUAAAUUAAAAAGAAUGGUGAUAUUUCUACUAAGUUCAAAAUACUUUAUAUCAGUAGUAAGUAGAAACAUACUCAUUUUUACAGGUUUCAUUAAUCAGAACCUCACUGCGCUUUUUCAUAUUUCAGUAACUGGCCAGCCAGAUCGAGCCCAGUAAAAUGAAUCUGAAAACAUUAAAAAUACUUACAAUUUCUUAUAAUAAGGAUUAAUAUUAAAGAAACACAAUAAGAUUUAGUUGUGAGACAGUUUAGAAGUACUCGGAGUAACCACAAAAAUUGUGUUGACUUCUGCUUCUUAAAAAUUAGGGGAGCAAAGUGUCCUUGACAAAUAAAAGGAAAAAUAUUCAGGAUAUUUUGGGGACCUUCAGAAGUAGAUACACUAGGAAUAAAAUCUAACUAUGAUCCUUAUAGAGUAGAAAUAUGACUAUUUAUUCAGCACAACAACUUAGGGGUGGUUAAAAGGAAUGGUUUUUAUGCUAUUGAAUUGUGGAGAAAUGUUUUUGAAAACAAACCUUUGAAAUAGAACUUUCUGAGCAUCUGAAAUUGAUGACAAUAUUGAUAACAUUCUCUGUUUUACCAAUUAGAAGAGUAAAACACCUUGCAUUUGGAAAUAGAAAAAUAAAUUUGCACAAUUUCUUCUGUGUCAUGGUUUGUUGGUUUGUUUUGGGGGUUUUUUGGUUGUUUGUUUUUGUUUUUUUUUUUUUUAAAAGCCAGUGUUAUAAACAACUGAAAGUGAUUUGUAUUCUUUGAUCUAUUUAAAGGAUAUAGCACUUACCCUGUUGUUGACAUAGUGAAUGCCAUCUUUUUAUCAAAAUGUUUCUCUACUAGAAGGAUCAGAAAUGCAAUUUUUUAAUUAAAACUCUGUUCUCAGAUGAGCUGACUUCACAUUUUGUUAAAGCCAGUUUGUUUGUUUUUUUUUUUCCUGUGAAUAUUCAGUGCUGGGCUAAGAGAAGUCUGUGCAGGUUUUGUUUUGGUGUAUUUCAUCAGUGUGAAUACUGGAAUUAGGAACUGAAAAGCAUCAUACCAGCAAUGUAUGGGCUAUGACUCCCAUGAGAGGUAUUUCUCUGUCAUGGAACUUUCAGAUUCAGAGCUAAACUGAAUAAAUUAAUGAUUGCCAAUUUAAUUUCUUAAAAUCUUUUUAUGACUGCAAAGAAUAAAAAUUGCAAGCACUCUUUCUACAUAAAAAAUGGGCUAGAUUCAUAAUAGUAGUUCAUAAUGGGUAGUUCAUAAUAUCAGAAACAUGAGUUAUCUGGAAGGUGUUGUAAAUUCUACACAGAUAAUGAAAAAUUCUUAAAGAAUUUUAUAUGAAUACCUGUUGGGCUGAAGAACUUUUAUAGUGAUGAUGGAGUGCCAUGAAGUUAAUACUUACAAUCCAGAUUGCUGUAGUUUACACUUUUCUCUGUUUCAGACCUGGUGUGCACUAUUUGUACUAAGCACACCACAGAGUGAAUUAUCCAAAGUCCAUUGAUUUUAAUGUGUUUUGGUUUGUAAACAAAAUUAUAGUAAUUUCUUGCACAUUUUUGAAAAUAAUUGUAUAAGGAUUUAUGUAUCUGCUUCUGGAUACAGUGUGUAAAUAAAAAUUUCAUUCA